UUAGUUCGCCUCAAUGCAAAAUGCAAAGAGUUUUUCUCAUAGUCGUUUCAUUGGGAUUUCUUUUCAUCAUCACUUACACUUUGUUCUUAACAAAACCAAUAACCGAAAAUAAACCGUCCGAAGAAAAGAAACUCAAUUCUCGAUUGAUUUUGAACAACUUCUUCAAUUUAACUAUCCAAAAACAUUCAAUAUUCUUCCUGGACACAUCGCUUAAGCGCGUGAUCGCGAUUAAUCCCCGCGCAUCUUGCGCUCUAGAAUCGGCAGCUUUAUAUCAUCCUAAUCGAUCGAUUUAUUACAUCUACGUAAUUCGAAAUGAAUACAAUACAGCGACCACAAUCGAAGAAAAAUAUUUAAGAACGGUUUUAAAAGAAUAUAAAAAUGUUAAUGUUGUUUAUGCCAAAGUCCCCGAUUUAAUUAAAAAUACUUGUAUUCAAGAAUUAUUUGGUAAGCAUUUAAUUGAAACUUCGAGUUAUUUCGUUGAACAUUUUAGUGAUGCUUUUCGCCUCAUUGUUUUAAUGAAAUUUGGUGGGAUUUAUUUGGACAGUGAUGUGAUUGUGAUGAGAUCGUUGAAUGAUUUGGGUUUAAAUUUUGUUGGGAAAGAAUCCGAAACGGUUUUAGGCACCGCAAUUUUAGCCUUUGAGAAAGGUUCAUAUUUGUUGAAUGCGCUUUUAAAAGAUUUUAAUAUUAAUUAUGACCCCAAAUCUUGGAGUGGACAUGGUCCUCUUUUAUUAACUAAGUUGGUAUCAGCGUUGUGUAAUACAACAUCGAACUUCUCUCAUAACGAAUGCGAUUAUUUAAAAAUAUUUCCGGAAAACGUUCUUUUUCCGGUUUCUUAUCACAAUUGGAGACACAUGUUCCAUCAGAAAUAUCUCAACGAAAUCUUGGAAAUGACCAAAGAGAGUUAUUUAAUUCAUUUUUGGAAUAAGCUAACGCACGGAAUAAUAUUAAACGUUAAAUCGAACGCUCCUUAUUUAAUUUUGGGGAAAAAAAAUUGCCCUAAAACGAUCUUUAAUUUAAAUAAAUCAUUUUAAUGCAUUAUUUACAAUUAAUAA